UCUACACCCAGCACACAUAUAGAGGGGUUUGUUUUUGCCCGGCAUGGAUUCUUUACUACUUUAGAAAACAAAAGUUGUUUUGCUCACUGUUUUUGUUUUCCACCCAUUCUGCAAAACACGGGAGCAUCAAAUAUCCUGUCUCACAGCUAUGGAAAUGUGACUCCCCUGCGGGCAAGCUCCAAAAUAGGAAAAUUAUUCGUUGCUCUCUGGUUUCAGACCACAAAACAAACAGUGCAAGAUGGCCUCUCUCAUCUCAGAGAACUUUAAGUUUGCCUCGCUCUUCUUUAAGAGCAAGGAUGUAAUGAUCUUCAAUGGCCUGAUAGCCCUGGGAACAGUAGCCAGCCAGACCAUGUACAACAUCUUUGCUUUUGACUGUCCAUGCUCCGCUGGGCGGAACUAUUUCUAUGGCCUGGCAGCCAUCGGUGUGCCUGCUCUUGUGUUCUACCUUGUUGGCAUCAUGCUUAAUAAAAGUACAUGGGACCUGGUGUCUGAGUGCCGCCUCAGAAGGUGCCGGAAACUUUCAGGGGCAGCUGCCUUUGCCAUCCUAGGAUCUGUCCUUGGUAGAGCGGCAGUCGCUCCUGUGACUUGGAGUGUCAUCUCAUUACUACAAGGGGAGGCUUAUGUGUGUGCCCUCAGUGAGUUUGUGGACCCUUCUACCCUGGAGGAUUUCCCCUCUGAACAGGGGUUAGAGGUCAUGGCUAGGUUUCCGUGUAAGAAUGCUGUUCCAGAGAAGCUGCAAAGUUUCUUGCCACAGAUUCAACGCCGGCUGAAGUAUGAAUCUCAGCUGCUAGGGUGGCUGCUGGUGGCAUUAAUGGCAGUUGUCCUGUUCCUCCUAUUGUGCAUGAAGCGCUGCUGCUCUCCCCUGGGUUACCAACAGGAGGCUUAUUGGUCCCAGUUCCGCUCCAACGAGUCCGACCUCUUCCAGCGCACCGCUGACUUGCACUCCCGUAUCCUGGCUGCUGAGAACGUCAAGAGCUUCUUUGGCUUUGUGGCAUUGGAGAAAGAAGAGAAAGAGCAGCUGUUGGAACACCAGAGAGCCAACCCCAUCUCUAGUACAGAGUGGAACCGGGUCACUGGGGUCUACCUCUACAGAGAGAACCAGGGAUUGCCCCUAUACAGCCGCCUUAACAAGUGGGCCCAGUACACUGGGGAAAAUAACAUUGAUGCCAUGGAGAAAGAGAUGAUCACUCUGAGCUGACUGAUGCUAUGUGUCCCAGUGUUCACCAGCCCUUUUCCUGGGGACCUACACUGGAGUGUUAGCUUUUACUACCGCCCAGCAUUAACACGUUCAUCAAAUUACCUUAGUAAGUCUUGUUAAUUUGAAUGAAUCAGGUACAUAAGCACCAGUUGGAAACAAAAGCAUUCACAACCAGUGGGUCCCCAGGACCAGGAUUUACUUGUAUUAGCCAUCAUACGUCAUGACAUUUAUUACUCAGGGAAAGAGAUUUUGUUAAACAAAUAACAGUAAAGUGCAAAGGAUGUCAACAAUAUGGAAAUCAUUGUAAUCAAAAAAAAUUAUUUAAUUAUUUUUAAAAGAUGUACCACAACCUCGUAUACGAUCUAGUCUAGAACAACCACAAAAAUACAACAUUUCACAUGUUUUGUUUUCCAUCUUCUGAGCAGUGCACUGUGCAACUAGUUAGAUGUCAAAAAGUGCAUGAUCAUAGUAUUCUAAUUUAAAUACAUUUAGGGGCUGGCUACAGCCAACAUUUCCAAAGAUAGCUAUAACAUUGCACUGUCAUGCUGUCUUUUUUAUCUUGGAAUUGCAGCUUUCGCUACCUAGUGCCUACAAAUAAAAUAUCCCUCAGUUUAUACAUUUUAAGCAAAGAAAUAGGCAAAGGUAACAAUCUAUUUCUGUAUCUUGCAUUUGAAAAAUCAAUUGCCCAUAGCUCCAACUCCUACAUUUGCCCUAUCCAGGGCAUCACAGACUGGUGUUGGAACAGCACCCUAAACGCCUCACAGGGGCCAUGCUCUCACUCAUCCAGGGAAUCUAUCCAAAUUAUGCCUGAGGAAAUGGCAGUAUUAUCAAAGACCUGUCACACCCAAGCCACACGCUGUUCACUUGCUUAUCGCCUGUCAGAGAGGGACAGUAUUGUAGGUAGCAUAGUCUCAUAGGCUUGUAGCUUUUAUGUCCAAGCCAACAAGCUGAACACGACCUAUUUGACCACCUACACAAUUCUGAUCAACAGGACAUGUGCCCACUAACACUAACUCAUUUAAAUGUUUUGGAAAUACUCCAUAAUUACAAGGACUCUAUGUGUUCUGCUAUUGUGUUUCUUCUUAUCAUCUUAUCCUUUUUCUUAUCAUCUCACAGGAGAGAGCUUUAGGGUGAUUGACAAUCAUAUGAAAACAUCAUGUUUUGUUGUGUUUUUUAUCGAAUUACAUGACAAAUCUUUAAGCUACAAUUACGCCCAGAGAGAUCAUAGUUUAGGCUAAAACACAUGAAUAUGUUUGGUAAGGGUUUUAAACUGUCUAAAUAAUACGGGCUGAACAACACAGUGUCAACUAUCUUUUGAGGCUAUUGGUACAACUCAUGAGCCAUUCAUUACCUGCAUUUAAUAAAUUCAACAUGAAUUGUGUUCAA